UCGGGCGGCGGCCGGCGGCGGGCGAGGAGACGGGGCGAGCCCUCCCUGCCGGGAGAGCCAGCCCUGCGGCACGCAGCGCCAUGGUCUCAUGGAUCAUCUCCAGGCUAGUGGUGCUUAUAUUUGGCACUCUUUACCCCGCAUAUUAUUCUUACAAAGCCGUGAAAUCAAAGGACAUCAAAGAAUAUGUCAAAUGGAUGAUGUACUGGAUCAUAUUCGCACUCUUCACGACAGCAGAGACAUUCACGGAUAUCUUUCUUUGCUGGUUUCCAUUCUACUAUGAACUCAAAAUAGCUUUUGUAGCUUGGCUCCUGUCUCCAUACACAAAAGGCUCCAGCCUCCUGUACAGGAAAUUUGUUCAUCCAACGCUGUCUUCGAAAGAAAAGGAGAUCGAUGACUGCCUCGUCCAGGCAAAAGACCGGAGCUACGAUGCCCUUGUACACUUUGGGAAGCGGGGGCUGAACGUCGCAGCCACGGCAGCUGUCAUGGCGGCUUCAAAGGGACAGGGGGCCCUGUCUGAGAGACUAAGAAGCUUUAGCAUGCAGGAUCUCUCAACGAUUCGUGGAGACAGCAGCAGCACUGUUCCUCCUUCGGUCACUGUACGAACAAGUAGCAAACAGAGCCAGCCAAAAACAUCCAGAAGUGCAUCGGAAGGCACUGGCAGCUCAGUGUGCACAUGUUGCUCAGUAUGCCGACUCCUCAGAGGUGUGGACAAAAAGUAUGAAAAGCCACCUGAGGCAAACUGUGAAACAAAAAGCUCUGUGUUCUCAGAUGAUGAAGAGAACGAUUCAUUGGAUUGUGCAUCCAUGAACAAAAGGCCCAAAAAGAAGGAUCAACCCCUUGAGGCACCGCCUAGGACCCUUAGACCUCGCUUCAGGAAGAAAAGUACCUCGUCCUCUGCCACUGAAACAAUGUGAGUGCAAUGAGCCAAUAGCACCAAGAUCCACAGAAUGUCUCUCUUCUGCCUUAAAGAGCUACUCAUUAAUAAUGUAGGAAACAGCAGUGGGAUGGAUGUGCUUUGAUGUACAGCAUUGUAGACAUGGCCUUUCUCUUUCCUCUCUCUGUAUCCUUCUGUUACAUGCUUCUUGCGUUUGUCCGUGGCGUGGAUAGGACAGUCUGGCAGACACCUGCAGGUUAAGAGUCCUUGUUUCGUUUGCAGAGUGUCCACCCACUCACGCUAAUCCUGUAAGGCUGUACAUUUACAAGUCUCAUUUGUGUCUGCAUAGCUCUAGCUCUGUGAAUGCACAGUGGAAACAAAAAUAAUCAGUUAUUCAUAAUGAUACAUUGACAGUGUAUUUAUUUAUGGCUUUAUCAUUAAUGAAGUGGAUUUGCAGAAGCCAUGGAUUUCUCUUUCCUCCCUUCCUCCUCAAGACUGUGAAUGAUGUAGCAAAUGUCAAAGUACUUUGACUGUACAAAAUGUCCAAGAUUCAUUAGCAAAAGCUGAGCUGCAACUCUGUUUCUCUUUCUGCAAGUAAAUCACCUGUUCUGAGAAAAUCAUUGUGCUAAGACCAUAGAGACAGAAACACAGAGGAUGAGGAAGAGGUCUGCAAGAGAAAACAUAUGGUUUCAAUGAUGUAAUGAAGGGGGAGUCUUAAUUUUGAUCAGACUGAGCCAGGAGAGUAUUGUGUGGAAAAUGAUGGCAGCUAGAAGAACUAGAUCGUAUUGCUUGUGGCAAAUGUUCUACUGCCAGUUUUAAAGGGUAAGCAAGCCAGGCUUAUACUAGCUGCAGCGACAGAAGUUAGAAUCACUUUAGUGAUGCACUUCCAGGGGGAAGUGCACCUUUCUCUCCUGCCUGCAACAGUGUCAGUCCCAGCGCUCUGCUUUCCUGGUGAGGUGCUGCUGUUUUACUUGCACGAGCAGAGCAGGAUGCUGGGUCUGAGCUGCUUUUUGAAGCCUGGAGUUUCGCCUGUAGCGUGGAGUUUGGUUAGAACCACAAGAACCAGAUGGAGUGGUGUAUUUGUAUCCAUAUAUAAAUGAGAAAUAUAAAAGAAGAGGAAGACGUGGUAGGGUUUGUGUAUUUGUGCUUCAAGUUGGUGUCUCUUGUAAGUGUUGAGCAUGUGAGAUUCACACAUAAAUUAAUUACGUGGCCCUUUGUGUUUGCUCUUGGACCUGUCACAUAGACUAGAAAAACAUUUAGCAUUAUGUAGAACAUGCCAUUACUAAUGGAUCAAUACACGGGCUUGAUGAUGAACAGUACUGUUAAUCUAGUUCAGGUGCAGCAGUCCAGGAUGCCAACAGCCAGCUGGAGUGUAUCAGGCUCAGAGAUAAAUCUGAAGUGGCCUUUGAAACCUUUUCUCUGCCAGGUAUGCAUCGAUAGCCCAGCUGUCCCUGCCUGAUGGAUCCCUGAGGUUUCCCCCAGAGCUUCCUACAUAUGUAGGGAAGAGAGAAAUAAAUUACACGCACACACAAAUGUUUAUCUGACCUGGCUAGGAAGUGGAAAAAGCAAGCAGGUAUUUCCUGUGUCUGCCACAAUAUUUGGCCUCAUUACCUGAGAAUUUUAUUUCCUUUACAUGUGCUAACUCAAUCAUAUUUUGCAAUGGCUAAGAAGGAAAAAGUCUUCAGAAAGUAAA